CGGACUAGGGUAAGAAUAUCCCCUCGAAAAACUUGGCGCGCUGACUGCCGGGUGACCCGGGUAGCGCAGAGCCGGAGGUGGCCGACGUAAGUUAUAGAAGCAUUUUCACCGCAUCCUGUUGCUCCACAGUACCAUCAACAAAGGUGUGGUAUAGGCGAGAAGACACAGUUUCAGGAAGACCGACUCCUCAGCGAGGCAGUGCCGUGACCGUCGCGGCAAGAUUAAGCGCACGUCGACCGAGACCUCAGCGGGCGAACGCGCGGCUAAGGCCCGAACUCCCGCCAACAUGCCUCCGGUGACCGCGAACGGCGCCGACCUGAAGGCGGCGAUACAGAAGUACAUCGCCGACAACAAGGUUAUGGUCUUCAGCAAGUCCUACUGCCCCUUCUGUAAAAAGGUGAAGGACUUGUUCAACUCUCUAAGUGUGACGUACACGGCUCUGGAACUGGACCAAAUAGAAAAUGGAGGAGACCUGCAGAAUGCCCUGCAUGAGUUGAGUGGGCAGAAGACGGUUCCCAACGUGUACAUCAACCAGGCGCAUGUGGGAGGGUGUGACGACACGCUCAAGCUCCACACUGACGCUAAACUCUUACCCAUGCUGUCAGAGAACACGCAAACGUACGACUACGAUCUGAUCGUGAUCGGAGGGGGAUCAGGAGGGCUGGCUGCCUCCAAGGAGGCAGGCAAGCUUGGGAAGAAAGUGUUAGUAUGUGACUUUGUCAAGCCGUCACCUAUUGGAACAACAUGGGGCCUGGGAGGCACCUGUGUUAAUGUAGGAUGUAUUCCCAAGAAGCUCAUGCACCAGGCUGCACUACUGGGUCAUGCUGUUGAUGACUCCAGGAAGUUUGGAUGGGAGGUGCCAGAAGCAGUGAAACACAACUGGAACACAAUGAAAGAAGCCAUCCAGAGUUAUAUUGGAUCCCUGAACUGGGGCUACAGGGUGGCCCUGAGGGAUAAGGAUGUGAAGUAUGAGAACGCCUACGCUGAGUUUGUGGAUCCACACACUAUAAAGACAGUGAACAGGCGAGGGAAGGAGAACACAGCCACAGCGGAAAGGUUCCUGGUGGCAGUAGGGAUGAGGCCGAGGUACCCUGACAUCCCAGGAGCUAAGGAGUACGGCAUCACCAGUGAUGACCUGUUCUCGCUGCCCUACUGUCCCGGGAAGACCCUGGUGGUUGGUGCGUCGUACGUGGCGCUGGAGUGUGCGGGGUUCCUGCGGGGGAUCGGCCUGGACACCACCGUAAUGGUACGGUCCAUCCUGCUGAGGGGCUUUGACCAGCAGAUGGCUGAGAAGGUCGGCGCCUACAUGGAGAAGGGAGGGAUGAAGUUCAUCAGGGGCUGUGUGCCCACCAAGGUGGAGCGGCUGGAAGAAGGGCAGCCUGGGAAGCUGCGAGUGACAGGGAUGCAAGAUGGGAAAGAAGUGGUCUGGGAGGGCAACACGAUACUGUUUGGCAUUGGGAGGGAUGCUGUCACAGAAGGAAUACACCUGGAAAAAGCUGGAGUACAGUUCAACACAAAGAAUGGUAAGAUCUACGGGAACGAUGAGGAACAGACAAACCAGCCUCACAUCUAUGCAAUUGGUGACGUCCUGGAGGGAAAGUUGGAGCUGACACCAGUCGCCAUUCAGGCUGGCAAGCUGCUGGCACAGAGGCUGUACGGGGGCUCACAGGCUAAAACGGACUACGUAAAUGUUCCCACAACUGUCUUCACCCCCCUGGAGUAUGGGGCCUGCGGUUUGUCAGAGGAAGAUGCCAUUGCAAAAUACGGGGAGGACAACAUUGAGGUGUACCACUCCAACUUCCAGCCCCUGGAGUGGACCGUUCCAGGUUACGACCCCAACGACUGCUAUGCAAAAAUCAUCUGUAAUCGUCAGGACAAUGAGCGAGUGGUGGGCUUCCAUGUUCUCGGCCCCAAUGCCGGGGAGAUCACGCAGGGCUACGGGGCUGCCAUGAAGUGUGGGAUGACCAAGGCUCAACUGGACACCACCAUCGGGAUCCACCCAACCAAUGCUGAGAUUUUCACAACGAUGGACAUCACUAAGGGCUCGGGGGAAGACCCCACCAAGACUGGCUGCUGAGGUUAAGCCCCGCUGUUGCUCGUCCCCGGCAGAUCAAAAGCCACCUCUAACCUUUAAGAUAAACGUACAGGAGCCAGAAUUAUAUACAUGCUUGCUGCUCAGGUUGUAAGGAACAAACACAUUCUUGCUCACAAAAGGAAUUCACUCUCACUGACUUGAUUUCUGUGGGUGUACAUCUUUACUUGUGUUGGAAAGACGGAUAAAAUUUAAGCGAUGCUCAAAUCAUCCUCUUCUAUAAGACACAGACUUUGUCAAUGUGUGAUACAAUUGACAAUGUCCAUGUUUUAAAACAAAGAAAACACAAUGUGGUAUCACCACACAUGAAACCAUACUUCAGCCUUGUAAUUUAUAUUAUCAUAAGGUGAAGCAAACAUCUGGCUCGUUACUGUAACAUAAGAGGUGGCAGCCAUGUUGGUCUGCAAGUCAAGGGGACAAGAAGCAAUAGCGGGGGUGAAACUCCAAACUCACCAAAGGUGGUGACACAGCAUAGCACGUUCCUGCCGUAAAACUCAGCAGUCUUUUCAACACUGUGACUGUCAGGUUAACAGAACAGCGGUAACCAUUCAAGAUUGGAUCACACUGAUAUGACGAAAAAGAGUACACUUGUAAGUGGAAAUUGAAGAGAGAUCUUUGUGAUUAGCCUGUGUGCCAUUCUGGUUACAUAGUGUCUACACUGGUAGUUGCUUGUUUGCGACUAUUAGAGCAGAUGUAAACUAACCACUGUUUUGUUAAAGUUCUUGAUGGUCAGGACAGUUGUGACUGAACAGCUGAUGAGUUUUUAAGCAAAGUGCAUUUAUGACGGUCUCCUUUUCAAACCCAGAUCUGGGCUAGAGGAGACUUGAAACUGCUGUGUGUACCACCUGGUAAACUAAGUUUGUAGAUUAAAUAUACAAUGGUACUAUGUAUCUUACACAUUUCACCUGUAUAAAUGCCUUGAAGCUCUUCCAAUGAAAGCUUUGAAUGAGUUUGAAAUGAAGCUUUUGUCAUAGGUUGGUGAACUCUGUUACUAUGUACCGUUUAAAUUAGUGGAUCACAGCCACAAUUCCUUAAUCACUUGUCUUCACAAUCCUCAAAUCAGAUGAUAUGUAUGCUCUCUAGGACAGUUUCUAAGAUGACAUGCAAACUUAAUGUAGAAAACCUACAGCAUUUGUGGAAUUCUGAUUUAUUUUAGACGAAUCAGGAAAUGUGAGAAAUGGAUUAUUACACUACUUUCCUAUGCACAAUGAUUACAGGUAAAAAAG